GUCAUGACUCGUAAGUCGUAACUACUACUACUAGAUCUGUAGAUAUCCCUGGUGCCUUAGUUUUUGACAGAUACCAUCUUUUGUAAGAGCUUUGUUCAAUGGUUACCCUCAAUUCCCAACAAUCCCUUCUUCUCACUUGUCUAACACUUGAUGUGUUUCUGAGCUUCAGGGGCCCAGACGUCCGCAAGACUUUCGUCGACCACCUCUAUGCGGCAUUGUGCCGCGCCGGAUUUCGCACCUUCAAAGACGAUGGGAUAGAAAAAGGAGAGGAUAUCGGGCUUGAGCUCGGGAGAGCGAUUCAAGAGUCGAGGGUCUCGAUAAUUGUCUUCUCAAAGAACUAUGCGUCGUCGGCUUGGUGCCUUAACGAGCUCCUGAUGAUCCUGGAAUGUAGGAGAGCUUACGGGCAUGCAGUUGUGCCUGUCUUCUAUGACGUGGAACCGUGUGAAGUGAAGAAGCAAACCGGCAGUUUCGAAGAAGCGUUUGCAGUUCAUGAAGAGAGAAUCAAAUCAGAAACAGGUGAACGGAAAGAGGCAUUGAUGGGCCAGGUAGGAAGGUGGAGGGCUGCGCUUAAAGAAGUUGGAGGCCUGUUCGGGAUGCAUUUGCAAAAUCAAGCCAAUGGAUACGAGGUGAAGUUUAUCGAGGACAUUACGAAAGAGGUUGGAGACAAACUACGUCGCCUGGUCUUGGACUUUGCCCCGGACCUGGUGGGACUGCAUUCACAAGUCGAAAACAAUCAGCUUUGGUUAGAAGAAGAUAGGCCAACUGAUUAUGGCUUAGCUCCAAUUUGUGGAAUGGGUGGAUUAGUUUCCUUGCAAAUGUGAGAGAAAUAUCACAACACCAUUAUGGUUUUACUUCGUUUACCAAGACAUGGUUUCUGUCAGAUGUUUUGAAGACAAGACAAGUAAAACUAAACAGUAUUGCUGAAGAAACUGCUAAGAUUAAAGG